CAUUCCAAACCAAUUUUCGUUAUUAAAAAGUGUUCAUAUACAAAAAUGGGAUUACUGAUUUGUUCAGUUUAUUUAGUAAGUAUACAUAAAAAAGAUAUAGAAUUAUUUCUUUAAUAAUUGUAGUAAUAAUAUAGUAAAUAACUACAAAUAUAAAAUAGGCAAUACAAUUUACUUAAAAGAUAACUGUAAAAUAUUUUUCAUUAAAAGAGGUUUAAUAAUAAAACCUAUAAUUAAAAAAAUUUAUACAGUUAAAAUGUAUUUAAUAUUAAAUUAUGUUUGAAAUAAGGAAACUAAAUUUAAAAAUUGAAGAAAAAAACACUUAGUACCAAAAAAAUUAGGAAAAAGCCCUGUUGUAAAUAAAUAUUAAACAUAAUAAUAAAUCUGUUAAAAAAAUUAUUUAUUUCCAUCAAUCCGAUGACAAUAAAUUCCGCUUUAAAGUUUUGGUUGGGGAAAGUAGUGGUGCAUUAUUAAAAUACUGCGCGUCUUGUCACCACACAAAUUAUGUUUUACUACUCUGCCCCUUUACUGAUAUAAUUACAGAAAAAUAGUAUAAUAACCUAAUAUUUUAAAUUGUAUGAGUACCUAAUAAGAUUAAAAAUAAUCAAUAAAGUUGGUACCAAUAAUAGUAUACUGUUUUACAGAGAUUAAAUAUGAAUUCAUUUUAACUUAAAAAUUAUGCUAUAAGCACAAAAAUCAAUAGAAAUCAUAAAAAACCCUAACCUAACCUUUGAAAGGAAAUUAUACAAUACAAAAAUUGUAAACUUUAUUUAUACUAUAUACACUAUUGAAUUUAUAAUUAAUAUUUUUUUUUUUUCCAAACAGAUAUUAAUAACAAAAAUUAUUAACAUCACUGGAAACAAUAUAAAUCAAGAAGAUGAAUCAAGUAGAUCAGCAAAAUCUAUUUUAGAAAAAGUAUUUUACCCUAGAACCAAAACUCAAUCGACAGUAAACCAUCAUUCAUUUGGACUGCAUAAUUCAUUUGGAGUUUCUGGAAAUGUUGGAAUUGGAUUUCAUUAUGGUAGUGGUUACAGAAUUAAAAAUGGCGAUGGAAAUGACGAACAGCAAAUUGUACACAAAAAAAUGUAUGAUAAGUAUUUAGGUACUAGUUUUGGUUUUGGAUCAUUAGGCAAUGUCAACAACGGGCAUAUAAGUGACAUCAAAGAAUCAAAUUCCGCAGACCAACAAUAUAUUCAUAAUGAUGAAAAUAAUUUAGUAGAGCAAGACAGUGAUAAUGAUACAAUUCCAGUAACAGAAAAACCAAAGUCGGGAGUCUUUAGAAAAAUCAGUGAUUAUUGGGCUGGUGAACACUCAGAACCCAAAAGUGACUACACUAAUAAUGGAAUUUUCAAAUGGAGUAUGCAAAAAAUCAAAAAUAAGAAUAACAUUGGAACACCCAGAUAAUAAAUAUAUUCAUAAGUAAAUACUUACUAGCUUUUAUAUAAAUUUGAAUAGCGCCGUGAUUUUUGAAGUACUAAAGAAUGCAUAGUUAACAAUAUAUUUCAAAAAUACUGUUUGUUUAUACAGCUUUAUUAUGAAUAAUAUUAAUAAUUAUUAAUUUAUUAAUACACUAAUAUAGUUUUAUAGUUAUGAAU